GGAUAAUGUGAGGUUAUAAGUUUGUUUUGGACAGCCAAGCAGACAGCGAUUGCACGUUUAUUGAAGUUGCUUUCCACGUAAUUUUCCGUCAAGGCAGGUUUUCUCAGCUUGAGCAAAAUUCUCUUCAGUCAUGUGUCUUCUUCACUGUAAAUUCUGACCGAUUCAGAUAAUUUUUAACGUUACCCAGUUGAUCUACAAUUAUGGGAGGCAAACGGAAACCAGCCCAGAGAACGAAGAAUAAUGUCAGACCAUCAAGUAGUGGAAGAAGUGCGGAGCUCCUUACCAGCACUCCGUCUGGAUUUCUUGAGGCCUCCCAGCUGAGUGAUGGCAGUGUCUUACCAUUACCGUCACUUCUUUUCCCUGGUCUCCCUGGUGUGAGUCCUUUGACCUCCUCCAGUUUUGAAUCUGGUAUAAGUCCAGAAUGUCAGUUGGUUGUGAAAAAAAUGAAGAAAAAAGAUUCCGUCACCAGGCACAAGGCCUUACAGGAAUUUGUACAAUUACUUGAGAAGUCAAAUACAGAUGAAAUCAAAAUAAUUCUCCCUAUUUGGUCCCGCUUAUACUCCACUUUGGCACUUGAUAUAGAUCAUAAAGUGAGAGAAGUUUGCCAAGAAGCCCACAGAAUUAUGGUAAAUAAAGCUGGUCGUAACAUUGCUCCAUCUCUGAAGCAGCUGAUCGGACCAUGGUUUUUGUCAGCAUUUGACUCCUUCCCGCUCGCUGCUCAGAAAGCCGUACUCAGUUUUGAGGAAGCAUUUGUACCUAACAAAAGAACAGAAGCUCUGCUCUUUUGCCACUUAGAAAUAUUGUCAUUCAUCGAAGAAAAUGUCAUCAUUCACACUCCUACUACUUUGACUAAUCCAGGGUCCGGGUGUCCCAUGGAUGAAAUGGUCAUGAAGUAUGAGCGUGUGGUGGUUGCCUCUUUGAACGCUUAUGGUCAGUUGCUGGAAAAACUACCCGUUGAUGCCCUCAAAGAAAACCAAGCCAUACAUAAAGAAAAAUUGGUUUCAUCAUCAGCUUUCUGGAAUUAUUCUAAGCACAAAAAUCCUCAGAUUCGGAAAGCGUGGUAUGGCGUUAUUAUCUCUUUAUGCCAGCAUGCUGCAUACUUGUUAUCAGAUCAUGUGAAACAAGUGUGUGGAAUUGUUUUUGCCAAUUUGAGUGAUAAAAAUGCAACUGUCCUUCCUACAAUUUGGGAUGCAGCUCUAGAGCUCAUGGUUGCAUUUGAUGAUUGCUGGAAACAUGUAAAUUUCAAUUCAGUAGUCGUCCCUAAAUUAUGGUCCGUACUUAGUAAAGGUGCUUAUGGCAAUGCUGCCUGCAUUUUUCCAAAACUGCUGCCCUUUUUGAGUAAAGUUCCUGUCCCAGAUAAUGAAGACUGGUAUCAGGAUUUCUACAUCAAGUUUUUCAGUAAUUUAAUUUUAGGGUUGCAGGAGCGAAGUGUUCAACAGAGCGCAGUAGAAUUCAGAUCUGCCAUAAAUGCAUUGUUCGAAUGUCUACAAUAUGUUUUUAAAAUUCAAGCGGGAAACAUAAACCUCUGUUUAAGUUUGUUUCGUGCCCAGAUCUUUGAACUUCUGGAAUCUUCCUUGCUAGACGAAUCAAUGAAAAACAACAAUGAAGUAGUCUUCUCUCAAAUUAGUGCAUUACUCUAUCGAUGGCAGACCUUGGAAAGCACUUGUUCAUUGUAUUCUGUCAUUGUUGAGGAAUGUUGGAAACAUUUUACAGAAGUUUGUAAGAAGCCUUUCGUUUCUCCAAUCUUGGACGAGUGGAAACUAUUGAAUCAAUUGAAACUUCUUCAACAUCUAAAGCAGUCCUUCUUCAAAGAGUGCAAGAGUACAAAAGUAGAUGUAUCUUCAGAGGAAAAAAUGGUUGAAAAUCGCGAGAGCACUCCUGUAAUAUCAGACGAGUUUUUCAACAAACAUUUGGGAGUUUUUAUCGCUACUUUAAUUCAGCAGUACUAUUCUGAAGCUCAAAGUGUAUCUAAGAACCAACUGCCUACAGUGUAUCUGUGUAAAAUUUUCACAGUUUUCGAUUCAAAACAAGUACUUGGAUAUCUGCUCAAGCGUAGCAGUCCUGAAAAUGAUCACGACUUUAUCUUGCUUUGGGAAGGCUUUGUUAAACCGUGGUUGAAAAACGACCAAAUUCCUUUGGAUCUCAUCCUACAUUUCCUGUGUGUUUUGUUGAAGCAUUUAGAUGAAAAUAGUAAAUCCCAAAUUUUAACUGAAUUGAUAGAUGAGUUUGGACUUGCAAGAUUCGUUCAUAUUCUUCACUGGUGCUUAUGUAUUGAUGCUCAAACUAACUCAACGGACACUAUUAUUGCUUGGUCAAAACAGACAAGUUUCCAAUCAGCACUGAUUUCAAUCAGUAGAGUCAUAGAUGAGGAUUCAGAUGAAGUUGAAAAAAAUUGUUUAGUUUUGUCAAAAUUUUUGUCCUAUAAAGAGACGGAAGGCUGUGUAUUUGUCAAUAUUGACACUUUUGUAAAGAUUUUAAUGAAUUUGAAUGACUUUCUUCAAAGAUGUCUUGAAAGUUCUAAAAUUUCAUCGCGGAAAGUUGGUGCCUUGAAACAAGUUAUUGAGUUGCUGGUUGCAGCAUUUUCAAAUAAAACCAUGGCUUUUGAUCUUAAAGUCAUUGAAGUAGUACAAGAAAUAACCCUAGCCUUAUUUAAGUUGUGCUGUGUUCAAAGUACAAAACUAAAACAAAUUUUCAGUUCUUUGAAGUUAGGCUGGCAUCGUGGAUUAGACCUAGUUUUUAAAUUUUAUCCUGAUUCUAAUACAUCUGAAAUUUUUGAUCUGUCUAAAAAACAUGCAGAAUGCAUUGUGAGUGCCUUAAUGGCAUCAGACCUUGACAAUGUCGUGAAUCUUACUCAGUUGACAGUUGAUUUCAUCAUUGCAAAUGUUGAUUUUGUCAAAUCUGAUGAGACAGAAGCUGCUAGCAUAACGUUUUGUGCCCAUCUGUGCAAUUUAUUCUUGGAAACUGCAAUUACAUUCAGUAAACAGCAUCUUGAAGAGAAAAUAAUUACCUUGAGCCUCUACGCUGAAUUGGUCAAUGGCAAAGACGAUGUCAGUGUGAACUACAACAAACUAGACAAAAUAAUUCAACAAAUUAACCUUGAAUCUGGCGAUGGCACUGCACACACGAGUAGCAGUGUACCUCUGUCAAAAAAUCAAUUCAAUUUGAUCAGUCAUUACGAAGUGAAAAAUUAUGCCAGCAUUAAUAUCUACAUCGUCUCCCUGAUUCUUCGUUUCUUGAAUAUUUCACCAGUGACAGAUUUUACAUUUAAUGAAAAUUCAUCGGCUGAAGAUCAAGACAUCAGUGAAUUUUCGGUACCGUCAAAUCCAUUCAAAAUCGUUGGACCAGUCUCAUAUUGUCUCUCCAGUGCAGAAGUUUGUGAAUCCUUCAAAUUCAAUUUCUCCAAUACGGUGGCUAGUUACUCUUUACCGAAAAAAGUCCUCAAGUAUUUAUCACUCAACCUCGAAGCAAUUAUCUCGAAGCUUCCUAAAGAUGCCAAGCAAGAAUUACUUUCUGAAAUCUUUUCAGCCAGAGACAGCAACAACUCUUUAUUCUACAACUCUGCUUUAAGAAUGGUAACAGUUGAUAAAAAAUUCAAAACGCCUGAUUCUUCGAUAGAAAGAAGUAUGUUCCAAGUUUCUAGCACUACAUCUAUUGACGCUAGUACAGCAAGUGUUAUUGAGGGACCUUUGGAUGACGUGAUCACUCAAGAUGAAUUAGUUUUAGCUAGAAUGAAAGCACUGGUCAGUAUCACACCCCAAGUUUCUGAAAUCACGUCUGUAGAUAUUGAUACACUACAUGCCAUACGAGGACUACUAGCUGAAGCAAAAACCAAUGAUGAAAUAAUUUUAACUCAGAUGAAAGUUUUGAUCGCUAACAAGAAACAUAUUACAUUUUCUUAUUCAGUCAAUAUGUUGGAUCUGAAACCUGCUUGUAUCAUGUUAUCCCUAAAUGCUUGUAAAUUUUUCCAGACAGUUUUGGAGCGUUUUAAAUUUGAUACAGGCCGUGAAGACACUACCCCUGAUUUGCUCGAAAAUGCAACUGCCUCCCUUUCAGAGGCAGAAACAGACUUCAUACUUAUCUCCUUAACUGCAUGGAUUCAAAGUUUAUCAAAGACGGUUGAGUGUAUAUCCCUGGAACCAUCGUACCACUCAAGUGUCCCAAUUUUUAUCAAUGCAAUCUGUAACCUUUUUAAAACCGUCUCAUCUGGAAUUGCAAAACUUCCCAGCGAAGAUAGUUUUGCAGCCGAGUGGAAAGAUCUUUUCAUGUCAGAUGUUCAUAUGUUAUGUGCCAACGCGUGGAGAACUUUGGUUCUAAACUCGACCAACCUAUCCAAAAGUGUGCAAACGUAUCAAAUUAUGAAAAAAUUAUCAGAUGUUGUGAUAAAUGUAGUUGAUUUCUCUCUAAUAGUCAAGGAUAGUGAGGAUCUAAAGAAAUGGUCCAAGUUUGCACUGAACAACUUGGAAAAUUCUAAUAUCUUUGUUCAACUGACUUCGUACUUUAUUCUCAUUAAAUUGGUCCCGAUGUAUGUAGAAUUUGACUCUAGGAUUAUGUCCGAGGAAGAAACUGAUGAAGAAAUUGAGAAAGACCCCCGAAUUGUAUUCAAUUGGUUCAAGAAGUCUUUGGACCACACACAGUCAAUUGUUUGCGCCCUGUUGUCAGAUUUCAAACUGGGAGAUACGUGUUUGGUAGCUCCACUCACUGAUAGCUACUCAUAUACAUUGGCAUAUCUCAGCUUAUGGUCUGUUAUAUUCAAAAUGGUUGCAAAGGCAGACUCACAGCUCCGUGCACGUUAUACUUUGUGGAUCAGGAACGAAAACCUGAUUUCAAAUCUUAUCCUGAACCUCAUGCGGCUUCUUCCCUCGUCUGUUGUUCUUUUAAAAAUGCAUGAUACCAAUUGGAAGCAGAUUCUGGAAUCUUUUACAGACAAGCAAACUUUAGUAACUGAUGAGCAAUGGGAUAGCAAAAAACUUUCGAACUUAGUGUGUUGGACCUAUUAUAAUGCUUUGCAUAGAUUACCAGCACUGAUACGACAGUGGUGGACAGAAAUUGAAUACAAAGAUGCGAGAGUUGUAGAAGACAUCACGACGCGCUAUGCUUCAGCAAUGUUGUGUGAAGAGGAACUCAAAUCAAUCAAAGAGGCCAAUAAAACACCAACUGAAAACUUCACGAUUAAAGUACGUGAAAGUGUGCGUGAAGUCAUUGCAACCUACACUCUGGAAGAAAUCGCAAUGGAAGUCUCAAUAACAUUGGCCCAAAAUCACCCUCUUGGUAUGGUUAGAGUUGAGAGCACGAAAGCUGCAAUGUCAUCACAACAUUGGCAUAACUGGCUCAAACAGCUCACCAUUUUCUUGACCCAUCAGAAUGGCUCCAUUUGGGAUGGACUUAUGUCAUGGAAAAGCAACAUUGAUAAGAGGUUUGAAGGCGUCGAAGAGUGCUACAUCUGUUUCUCGAUUCUGCAUGUCACCAGUUAUGAGCUUCCACGGAAAAAUUGCCGUACUUGUCAUAAAAAGUUCCACUUGCAAUGUCUGUACAAAUGGUUUAUGACAAGCAACAAAUCAACAUGUCCCAUUUGCAGAAAUCUAUUCUAAGGUUUUUACUUGUGUUUUUGAAAAGUAGUUUUACUUGGAAAAAGUCUGGUCUUGUAUAAAUUUGUAAACAGAUAGAUGAAUUGUAAAUAGAAGUAUAAAUGAUAAAUAUACGUAUUUUAGUUUCCAUA